AGCCCAGAUGACCCGUCACGCGUGGAAGUGGGCAGCACUGGGCUGCAGGGCAGACAAGCUGGGCAUGCACGUGGGUAGUGGGGGCCUCGGAAGCUCCACGGCGGGGACAUGGCCCAGUGCAAGGAAGGAAGACCCCGCGUGCGCCCUCGGCCCGUGACGGGGAGGCUCAGGCAUGGCGGGAAACACGGCCGACAGCGCCAACCACCUGCCGUUCUUCUUUGGCAACAUCACCCGGGAGGAGGCGGAGGACUACCUGGUGCAGGGGGGCAUGAGCGACGGGCUGUACCUGCUCCGUCAGAGCCGCAACUACCUGGGCGGCUUCGCGCUGUCGGUGGCGCACGGGAGGAAGGCGCACCACUACACCAUCGAGCGCGAGAUGAACGGCACCUACGCCAUCGCGGGCGGCAGGACGCACAGCAGCCCGGCCGAGCUGUGCCUUUACCACUCCCAGGAGUCCGACGGCCUCGUCUGCGUCCUCAAGAAGCCCCUCCACCGGCCGCCCGGGGUGCAGCCCAAGACCGGCCCGUUCGAGGACCUGAAGGAGAGCCUCAUCAGGGAGUACGUGAAGCAGACCUGGAACCUGCAGGGUCAGGCUCUGGAGCAAGCCAUCAUCAGCCAGAAGCCUCAGCUGGAGAAGCUGAUCGCCACCACGGCCCACGAGAAAAUGCCCUGGUUCCACGGAAAAAUCUCACGGGUUGAAUCUGAGCAAAUUGUCAUGAUAGGAUCCAAGACAAAUGGAAAAUUUUUGAUCAGGGACAGGAACGACAACGGGUCUUACGCCCUGUGCCUGCUGCACGAGGGGAAGGUGUUGCACUAUCGCAUCGACAAGGACAAAACCGGGAAGCUCUCCAUCCCCGAUGGGAAGAAGUUCGACACGCUCUGGCAGCUCGUGGAGCAUUACUCUUACAAACCGGACGGGCUGUUGAGAGUUCUUACGGUUCCGUGCCAGAAAAUUGGCGGGCAGGCAGGAAACAUCAACUUUGGAGCCCGCGCGCCCCUGCCAGGCGCCCACCCUGCGACGUGGUCAGCUGGUGCGAUAAUCUCCAGAAUCAAAUCCUACUCCUUCCCAAAGCCCGGCCACAGAAAGGCCUCCUCGUCCACAGGGAGCCGGCCCGAGAGCUCCGUGACCUUCAAUCCUUAUGAGCCAGACCGGGGGCCCUGGGCCACGGACAGAGAUGCGCAGAGAGAAGCCAUGCCCAUGGACACCGAGGUGUACGAAAGCCCCUACGCCGACCCCGAGGAGAUCAGGCCCAAGGAGGUCUACCUGGACCGCAAGCUGCUGACCCUGGAGGACAGUGAGCUGGGCUCUGGGAACUUCGGGACCGUGAAGAAGGGCUACUACCAGAUGAAAAAAGUCGUGAAGACAGUGGCUGUGAAGAUUUUGAAGAACGAGGCCAAUGACCCUGCUCUCAAAGAUGAGUUAUUAGCAGAAGCGAACGUCAUGCAGCAGCUCGAUAACCCUUACAUCGUGCGCAUGAUCGGGAUAUGUGAAGCCGAGUCCUGGAUGCUGGUCAUGGAGAUGGCAGAGCUGGGUCCACUCAAUAAAUACUUACAGCAGAACAGGCACGUCAAGGAUAAGAACAUCAUAGAGCUGGUUCAUCAGGUUUCUAUGGGAAUGAAAUAUCUGGAGGAGUGCAAUUUUGUGCACAGAGAUCUGGCUGCAAGAAAUGUAUUGCUGGUUACUCAACAUUAUGCCAAGAUUAGUGAUUUCGGACUUUCCAAAGCACUCCGUGCUGACGAAAACUACUAUAAGGCGCAGACCCACGGAAAGUGGCCGGUGAAGUGGUACGCUCCGGAGUGCAUUAACUACUACAAGUUCUCCAGCAAGAGCGACGUCUGGAGCUUCGGUGUGCUGAUGUGGGAGGCGUUCUCCUACGGGCAGAAGCCCUACCGGGGCAUGAAAGGAAGUGAAGUUUCGGCUAUGCUGGAGAAAGGGGAGAGGAUGGGGUGCCCCGCGGGAUGUCCAAGGGAGAUGUACGAGCUGAUGAAGCUGUGCUGGACAUAUGAGGUGGAGAAGAGGCCCGGCUUCGAAAACGUGGAGCUGCGGCUGCGCAAUUACUACUACGACGUGGUGAACUAACGGCCCGCCGCCCUCCGCGGCUGCCCCGGGGCCGGGAGCCCUCAUGGCAAAGCCCGCCCAGCGCCAGGAUUUUGAGCGUGGCCACCUCUCUGUGCCGUCAGGAGAGCCAGCCCCGUGCGGGUCAUGCCCGUGACUGUGGUCCCCAGAGCCUGUCCCGGAACACACCCUCUGCAGAGCACACCGUCCCCGAGGGGCCUGGGAAGAACGACAACAGGAUCCGACGGCCCGUGGAUUCCUUUGUGUUUCUCGUCUGUGCGGUUUGCAUGGCAGGUUCCGUUCAGGAUCCGCGUCGGCAUCUGAAUAUCCAGCAGCCCGGAGGCGUCCCGGGGGCCCCUGCCCCGCCUGCCGUGCAGGGACGGUGAGCGGAGGGGGUUUGGCUGCCUCCAGAUGUUGGUUCCGACUGGUCCAAAGACUGAGCUCUGCCACCAAAAGCUUUCCUGGCGAUGAAAGUGCUUUGAGGCUUCGAAAAAGAAAAAAAAAAAAAAAUCAAGCUGGACCAGUACAGUUUCUAAGCGUGUAGCCAGUUAAGGGAGGAAAUGUCUGGAUACUGCGUUUGCCCUGUGCAUUCUGAGACACAAGAUCAGAUCCAUGGGAACGACGGGGCUGUGGGCAUGAACUGGCUUGGCGUGCCUUCCCCCCCGAGAGCCUCUGUCCCGCACACCCUCCUGGGACAGUCCUUGCAUGGAGGUGUGGAGGGGGGAGGGUGUCUGCCCCUCGGGCCUGAGCGAGGACAGAUGGCGGGUGCAGCGGGCUGUCCUCUCCUCAGGGAGGUCCAAGCUCCCCUCCCCUAAAGAGACGGUGUGGCCAGAAUCCCCGACUUUUCCUGUGGUCACAGUGCGGGGGCGGGGGGGGGGACAACCUGGAGGCCAAGGUCAUCUACAAUGAGUUUUUUGAAGUUUGUGUUAACCCAUAAUAAAGCCACAGACCCUGAGCCUUGCCACAAGUAUGGCUGAGUGUGAUUUUGGGGUGAAGAUACGAGACCGGGAAUUCCCUGCUCCCUAGUCUCGUGAACCCGAGUCAUGUGUGAGCUACACAAGUCAUCAGCCCGCCUGGGCCAGUUUGAAAGUCAGAGGGAGCGAGCCGUCAUUCUUAGGUCAGCGGAGCCCCAUAAACUCGGGCCGUCUUCGGUCCUACCUGAGACAUUUCAAAGCGUACGUCCGGCCUGUUGUUGGGAGAGUUGUCCCUUCUCGUAACAGGGGAGACAGGCACGGAGAGAGGCCUCAGCGGGCACCCUUGCUCAGCCAGAAGGAGACAUGAGUCACUCAUGGAACUGCUGGGAAGAAGCGUGUAGAGCCCACCCUUGCUUUUUUGGAAUCGCGCUAGCCGGUGGAUUGAUCGUGUUGUUAAAGAGAGGGUCCCGGCAUCCUGAGCGGAUAAAACCGUGGCAACACACAUCAGAGUCCCUGAAAUUAGAAAGCUGAGCGACAGGAUCUCUGUGGUGGGGCCGUCCAUAGAUUUGGAGUCAUGCCUGCAAGGGCUGGACGGAGUGCCGGGGACCUCUGAGCGAGAGGCUGCGUCUCUGGCAGGGCCGCGUGGGGAAGGCUCGGUGAUGCGAACGCGAGCAGUCUGGGAGGUGAGGACCCUCCCCGAGCACUGGCCGGGGCCGGACUCACGGGCACGCCGCCCUCCUGACCGCGCUCUCUCCCCAGGCCUUCCCCUCUGGUCCGUGCUCAGCAGGAACAAGACGGCCCCACGGACAGACACCCUGCUCUGGCCAGCACCAGUCACUGCCAGUGCCAUGCACACUGUGUCCGCACCGUGGGACUGGACAUUCCCAUCACACACAGUAAUCCAUUCUGUAGUGACAGGGACUGCUUGUGGGUCUCAUGGGAGCGUGUCCCCAUGCGGGCUGUGGCCGGCCGUGGUCUUCCUGCUGGAUGGCGGCCUCACGGCUCCCCCAGCCCAGUGACCGCUGCCCCGCCUGGAUGUCCACGCGCAGAGGUGACUGCCGGGUCCUGCGGGCACCCCCCUCCCACACAGCACAUGCCACCAUUUCAGAAGAAUGACUUCUUGUCACUGGACUUUUUUUUUUUAAUGUGAUUUUUUAAUAAAAAUUUCAAAUUAGCUUUGUGAUGAUGUUCAUGGAUAUUAUUGGAAUGCUGUAGGUUGCACCGUCAAAUAAACACUGUUAAACAGCA